UUUAAGAAAUUAAUUUUUGCUUGUGUUCCCAGUGAAUUGUUAACAUCUUUUCUAUCUUGAAGGGCACAAUUACUGAAUUCAAAGAUCCAAGUGACUUUUAUGUGCAGUUAUAUUCUUCAGAAGUUCUAGAAUACAUGAACCAACUCUCUGCAAGCUUAAAGGAAAUGUAUGCAAAUACAGGGCAUGAGGGCGAUUAUAUACCUGUUAAGGGGGAAGUUUGUGUUGCCAAGUACACUGUUGACCAGGCUAUAAAGUGCUUUGUGGCUGAUGUUAUCCCAGCAGAGGGGAAUUGGAGCUGUGAUUGUAUCAAAACUAUUAAAUCACUGUUAAUAGAGCAAUACUGCUCUGUAAAGAUUGUCAACAUCUUUAAAGAGGAAGUGGUUACCUUUGCUGUGGAUGUUAUACUGCCAAGUUCAGGAAAACUCUUAGACCAUGUGCUUGUGGAAAUGGGAUAUGGCUUGGUACCUAAGGUACAAAAUUCUACGAAGCAAAGUACAGAUCAAAGUGAGCCUAAAGAUAUUGGAAAAAUGACAGCUGAAGACAAAAUUGUUGUGGACAGAAGAGACUUAAUCCCCAAAGUGUUAACUUUGAAUGUAGGUGAUGAGUUUUGUGGUGUGGUUUCCCACAUUCAGACUCCAGAAGACUUCUUUUGUCAGAAACUACAAAGUGGACAUAAGCUCGCUGAACUUCAGGCAUCCCUAAGCGAGUACUGUGGUCAGAUGUCUCCACGCUCGGAUUUUUAUCCAACCAUCGGUGACAUCUGCUGUGCUCAGUUCUCAGGAGUAAAGCCAUUAUUAGGAAUUUGGACUCCAGAAGCGAUUUGUCUGAUGAAAAAAACGGUACAGAACACAAUGAUCAUGGUGAAAGUAGUGGACAAGUUGGAAAAUAGUUCCCUGGUGGAGCUUGUAGAUAAAUCCAUGACACCUAACAUCAAUGUUACUGAAGUUCUCAUAGAUGCAGGCUUUGCCGUCCGGGAAAAGGAGAUAGUGACGGAGAAACCCAGUGACAAGAAAGAAGCCAGUGUUCCCUUGGGUGUAGAAACAAAAGUAAAUCCAUUGGUGUGGACAUGGGUUGCACUUGCUGUUGACCAAACAGAAGAUGUUGUGGUCUGUAUGAUAUAUAGUCCUGGAGAAUUCUAUUGCCACGUGCUUAAAGAGGAUGCUUUAAAGAAACUCAAUGAUUUGAACAAAUCUCUAGCAGAACUUUGUCAGCAGAAGUUGUCUAAUGACUUUAAGGCAGAAAUAGGGCAACCUUGUUGUGCUUUUUUUGCAGGUGAUGGCAAUUGGUAUCGUGCUUUAGUCAAGGAAAUUGUACCAAAUGGAAACAUCAAAGUACAUUUUGUGGAUUAUGGAAACAUCGAAGAAGUUACUGCAGAUGAACUCCAAAUGAUCCCUUUGGAAUUUUUAACACUUCCCUUUCAAGGGAUGCAGUGUUGGUUAGUAGAUAUACAGCCUAGAAACAAACAAUGGACUAAGGAAGCCAUUGCAAGAUUUCAGAUGUGCGUGGAAGGGAUAAAACUUCAAGCCCGAGUGGUGGAAAUCACUGAAAAUGGAGUGGGACUUGAACUCACUGAUCUUUCUACUUGUUAUCCCAGAAUAAUUAGUGAUGUUCUGAUUGAGGAACAUCUGGCUUUACAAGUUCGUUCACCACAAAAAGGCUUGGCAAAAAACAGACCUGUCAAUAACCAUGAUCUUCAAAUUGACACCCCAGGGCAUCAAGCCAUCUCUUCAGCUCAGCAGUGGAGGACGAUUGAACUACCAGUUAAUAAAACUGUACAAGCAAGCAUAUUAGAAAUCAUAAACCCGAACUUGUUUUAUGCUCUACCAAAUGAGAUGCCAGAAGAUCAGGAAAAACUGUGUGUAUUGACAACUGAAUUGUUAGAAUAUUGCAGUGUUCAGAAGAGUCGAUCAUCUUACAGACCAAGAGCUGGAGAUGCAUGCUGUGCCAAGUACACAAAUGAUGAUUUCUGGUACCGUGCUGUUGUUCUGGGGGCAUCAGAGGCUGAGGUGAAAGUGAUCUAUGCCGACUAUGGAAACGUUGAAACUUUGCCUCUUUGCAGAGUGCAGCCGAUCUCUGUCAGCCACCUGCAGCUUCCUUUCCAAAUUAUCAAAUGUUCGUUCGAAGAAAAGACGAACAGGAUGAAUUGCUGCUGCUCAGAAUUACAGAAACAGGUUGAAAAACAUGAACAGAUUCUUCUCUUCCUCUUAAACAGUCCAACCAAUCAAGAUAAAUUUAUUGAAAUGAAAAAAUUGUUAAAAAGUUAAGUAAGUAAAAUUUGAUAUUUUUGCCACCCCUGU